UUUUCGCAAGCAAUCAUGGUGAAAAAUCCUGAGAUUAAUCGCUUCAUCGAUGUUUCGAAUGGGCGCCUUCUCACCCUUCUGCAGUGCAAUAGACCUAUUUCUAUGAUGAAGUAUAGUUUCAUAUUAUUCGCCGUGUGCCUAAUAGCUGCUGUUUCUUCCGAGGACGCGGCAGCAGCAGGUCAACAGGUUGCCGCCGACAGCAAUGCACCGGGCGGUGAAAUUUGGCAAGAAGAUGACAGGGAAGUACUUAUUCGGAAUGAACGCGGCGCCAAAAAUAGAGAAUCAUGCAGGUACAUGAAAGGGCAGUGGUCAGAAUGUAAUUCCAAAAACAACACACGUUCAAGAACUUUGACCCUGAAGAAAGGUGAUGCCGUCGCAUGUGAGCAGACAAAAACAGUCCAAAAGAAAUGCAAAAAAGCAUGCCGUUACGAGAAGGGAACGUGGGGCGAGUGCGAUUCCAUGUCUCAGAUGACGCGCACGGACACCUUGAAAUCUGGAGGAGAUCCAACUUGUCAGCCCCACAGACAAGUUACCAAGAGGUGCGGAGGUGCUGCGCAAAACGGCGGCAAAAAAAAUUCAAAAGCGAAUAAAGAAAACAAAGGAGGAAGAAGAAAUCGCCAAUAAAUUAAAGCCGGUUAUUACUCGGUUAUGUAUUAAAUAACUUGUAAACAAAAUCUUCCACAAAACCCGAAAAUUACUUUCGUUAAGUUUACAGAAAAC